AUGUGGCCAGGGAUGGACGCCGAGGUUUGUUUCUUCUGCCAACAGUGCCCCCAGUGUCAGCAGAUGAUCCUGCACAAGCCUGCUCCCGUGCUGCUUAUCCCUCUCCCCAUCAUCAUAAUCCCCUUCGAGAGGAUAGGCAUGGACCUCGUAGGGCUGCUGCCGAAGUCUGCCCGUGGGCAGGAGUACAUCCUGGUCAUUGUGGACUAUGCCAUCCUUUACCCUGAGGCAGUCCUACUUCAGAAGGCCACCUCCUGGAACACCGCCUGUGAGCUCCUUCUCCUCUUCAGCCGUGUGGGAAUCGCCAAGGACGUUAUCUCCGACCAAGACCGAUGGGCUGGUGGAACGCUUUAACCAGACACUGAAGAGGAUGCACUGAAGGGUGGUAGACGAGGAGGGGAGGAACAGGGACCU